AUGUCCACCAGAGCAGUCUAUAGUGCUGCAUCACAAGCUUUGGUUCUCUUUGGUGCCCCAAUGGAAGCUGUUGAGAUUUUUCAUGAAGACAAAAUGACAAAUACUGAAGUGGUGAAUAAAGACAUUUACUUUAGCUACCCAUGUCGUCGCCACAGCUGUUCAUUAGUGAACUUCCCAGCACCAUGUGUCAACAAAAUGAUUUCACACAUUGAAGAUGUAGAGUCUAAAAUACAAGAACAUUUGAAAAGGUUUGAAACUACUUUGGAAGAAUGGAGCAGAAUUUCUUCCACAAAAGACAUGAAAGAAGGUUGGAGUCUUACACCACCAGUGGAAGAGGGGAAACCAGAAGAAAGAGGUGAAAAGUGUCCAGAAUUAAAGCAGGAAAUGGAAACAUUGCUGUCAGAGGCUAUUCAUCUCAUUAAAAGUCUAGAAACUGACCGUGCAGAAGCAGAAGAAGCUUUAAGACAACAAAAAUCAAGAAAGGAACUGAUUAACCUGAAAAUCGAUUCAUGGUCAAUCUGGAGACUUCAAGAAAUCCCACUAGCUGUGCAGAGAGAACAUGAAGCCUAUCUGAGAGAUAUCAUAGAACUACAGUGGCAUUUUGAACAUAAAGCUCAUCAACUAAAACUUUUAAAAGGAAAAAAGACAGAAUUUGAAGAAACUAAUUUUAAGCUUCAAGAGGACAUAGAAUACAUGAAAGAACACACACCACUGUUGAUCUCAAAGCGGAACCGUGAGCUUGAAACUCUAAGAGAAUGUUAUAAGAAAAAAUUUGAGGUAAUGGAGCUAUACAGACAAGUUCAUGGAGAACUUGAAGCAGCCAUGGAACACUGUAAAAUUGUUAAGGUGAAUGCUCAACGAGUUAGAGAAGAAAUGGAAAGGGAUAUUUAUUAUGAUGAAAUAAAAAUACAAGCCUACAAGAAAGAGUUUGAUAAAAUUAACAAUGUAUAUAUUUACUUAUGUCAAUCAUUAUCGGACCUUAAUAUUAGUGCUGAGGAGCAAGAAGACACAGUGGCUGAAGUUUUGAAGGAGACGGUGACAUCAACAAAUGAAUUAUAUGCUUUAACAAAAACGCUAAAUGAUUUAAAAAGAGUCUAUGAACAACUAGCUUGGAAGAAAAAAACAUUUGAAAAUGAAUAUCUGCAAAAACUUAAUGAUUUUUAUACCAUGCAAAAGACAUGGAGUAUUGAACUUUCUAAUAUUGCAAAAGAUUUUUCAGAUAUUUUAGCAGCAUAUAAUCAAUUAAUGGAUGAAAAUAGAAAAAUUGAGCUUGAUAUUGAAAAUGUGACAGAUUAUAUCACUAACAGUAUAAAGAAAAAAGCAGAGCUUGAGGCUGAAAUACAAUCUUUGAUAAGAAUGAAGCAAAAACAUGAGAAUUACCUUAAAUAUAUAUACAAGGAAGGUUAUCACAUCGGUGCUAUUUAUCACCUAAUCAGAUUUAAAACAGAGGAAAUAGAAGAGCAAAUAGCUGAAGUGAGGAGACGAUACAAGGGUAGAGAAGACUUCUUGAAAAAAUUCAUCCGAGGUAUAGUGGCCAAUGGAAUAGCAAUUCAGAAAAGACUGCUUGCCAUUCAAGAUGAACAGGCUCUUGAGAGGGAAGCACUUAUGAAACAGAAGUCAAUGUAUACCAUGAUACUCUCACAAAUAGAGAGACCUUUGCUUCAGCUGGAACAAGAUGCUGUCAAAGUCAAAACUAUCUACAAAGAACAUUUUGAUAUCUUGCAUGAUAUAAUUGAGAGGCGAGACAAGAUUAAAAAAAAUGUGGAAAGAACAAAAAAACAACUGCGGAAAAGGGGAAAGAAAACCCGUAAUGAACUAAUGGUAGCUGAGGGAAAACAGUCAUUGAUUUUUAAAGAAAUAGAAUCCACUAAAAGUAAAACAUUUAUUUAUCAUACAAAAAUAUAUCAAAUGGAUAAAGAUUUAGAAGAAAAAAUAAAAGAAAAGGAAAAUAUUGUUAAAAAAAUUGACAUUUUAAAAGACCAAUUAGAAACGAUCAGGUAUAAAAAGGAACAUGCUCAAGCUGUGUUUGAGCAUCUCAUGAAUGAGAAAAAAGUCUGCAAAGAGAGAAUAUAUGAAGAAGAACAGAAAUUCCAUCUACUCUUUACUAUGAGGAAAAAAACUCUGGCAAAUAUUAAAAAAAUACAAGAUCUUUCACUUGAAGAAAAUCUACGUUUAGCUCACGAAUAUCUGAAAUUACAGAGCAUUUUCUUAGCAGAAAAGGAUGAUUAUUUCAAUAAAUAUGAUCGAUUAUUAUCAUAUGAUUCUUCAAUUAGAGACAAGAAACAGCUCUGUCAGCUGCAAAAAAGGAUACACAAGGUGUGGGAGAAGCACUUCAAACUGGUGGUCCUCUACAGCGAGAUGAGGCUGGCCAAGUUCCAGAGACACUCUCAAGAGAGUAUUCAGAAAAUAUUAGUUGUGCAGGAGAAAUCUUCAAAUUUAAUGCAACACAUCUUAGAUUUCUUCCAGACUUUGACAGAUAACCGAUGUGAAAACGAUGGUUAAGCAAACAACCAAUGUAUCUUGGAUGCUGAAAUAAAAGACAAGAAAAGUCACACAGUUCAGAUAACAGUGUAAUUGGACAUUCACCUGUUUGCCAUUUCACACUUCCAUGGACGAAAAACUCACUCACCUCCCAGCAUGCUUUGCCACUCUUUUACUUACAGCAAAUCCAUAACAAUGAAACAGGUGACUUUCAUGCUGCUGUCAGGAACGAUCUAAUUUCAGCUCUGGGUGACUGAUUGCAAUUGGCUUUGCCUCAUCUGAUAAUUAAUCUAUGUCACCAUUAAUUGGAAGAGAGAAUAAUUACUGGCAGUGUUGACAGUGACUGUUCGCUUCCCCAGAUUUCCCCAUCGUGUUGGCCCAAAUAAAGGCUUUGCAAUUCAGUACUUAAAGUUUGUGUAAACUGUAACAAUACCUAUGCCCAUGUGACACUUUCAGACACUCUGUCUAAUGUACUUUUGUUUUUGUGUUUACCAAUCUUUUUUAGCUCACUGAGAGCUGUCUCUCUCAAUCACUCCUCAAUGUUCUAUCUUAAUUUUGUGGAAGUUUAAAGUUUUCAAUGAGCUGGAGAUGAAUGAUUAAUGAAUAAAUUUAAAUGCUUCAUUUUG